CUAGUACAAAAACCCUUUCAUCCUCUGCAUCCCCUCUCGCUCUCUGCUCUAUCUCUUUGUUUUCUUCGCAGGUUGCAGGUAAGCCAGCUCUCCCUCAGAAGCCGCCAUGGGUCGAGUUCGCACCAAGACCGUGAAGAAGUCUUCGCGGCAGCUGAUUGAGAGGUACUACUCUCGGAUGACCCUGGAUUUCCACACCAACAAGAAGAUCGUGGAGGAGGUCGCCAUCAUUCCCUCCAAGCGUCUCCGCAACAAGAUCGCCGGCUUCUCUACCCACCUCAUGAAGCGAAUCCAGAGAGGCCCGGUUCGUGGGAUCUCGUUGAAACUCCAAGAGGAGGAGCGCGAGCGUCGUAUGGACUUCGUUCCUGAUGAGUCCGCCAUCAAGACGGAUCUCAUCGAGGUCGACAAGGAGACCAUCGACAUGCUUGCUGCUCUCGGAAUGGCUGAUCUUCCCGGCGUCGUCAAGCAGGCCGAACCAGCUCUCGCUCCUUCGGCAUUCGCUAGGUCCGGUGCCCCUGGAGGAGGUCCUCGGCGAUACUGAGCUGUUGAGCGUUAGUGAGUUGAAUGGGAAGAAAGCUAGGUCCCCUCUUUUCGGUUCCCUUUUUUUGAUAGUUGUUACUGUUAUUGUAGUUGGGUCCAUUUGAUUUCGUUUCUAAGAUGAAGAAGAAUAUGGGUUUAAUUUUGGACAUUGAAAAGGACGACGUUUUGGUUGUUUAAUUGCAGAUAUUUGAUGUUUUGAUUGCAUUGAAAAUGGAGCAAUUGUCAUUUAUCUUGAAUUU